AUGACCAGCCCGAUGCUUUCUUUUUUUGUUGUUUUACUCAUGACCAUGCUUUCCUAUGGAGCAGUGGAAGGAAUCGACACAUCUCCCCUAAAAUUGGCUGUUCAACCAAAAUGCGGAUCGCUCAGCUCGUCUCGCUUCAACAACUUCAACACAGGUAUCAACCUCAAAAGAAUCAAAACAAUAUACGGAUUUGGUGAUAGCUACAUGAGCAAUGGACAACGAACCGGAAGCCCCCCACCACCAGCGGUGCGAGACGCUAACGAUCCAAAAUACGGCCAACGGGCCACCAACGGUCUGGUCUGGAUCGAACAAUUUGGCCAACAGAUCCGCGCUCUCGUCAAGGAUUAUGCGGUCGGGGGCGCGUCAGUUUCUCGCGUACUCUCGCCUAGCACGGCUCAGCAAACAGAUAUGAUUGAACACGUCCAAACGUUCUUGGACCAGCACAAUCACAUCGAUGCAGCUUCGUGA